AUGUCGACGACGACGACAACAACAAAAGUAAAGGCCUCCAAGGCCAACAUUGGUGUCUUCACCAACCCUGGCCAUGACCUCUGGAUCGACUCAGCCGAACCAAGCUUGGAAAGCGUCCAGCAAGGCAGCCCAGAGCUCAAAGAAGGGGAGGUGACAGUUGCCAUCAGAAGCACGGGUAUCUGCGGCUCCGACGUCCACUUCUGGAAGCACGGCUGUAUUGGCCCCAUGAUCGUAACCUGUGACCACGUCCUCGGUCACGAAUCCGCCGGUGAGAUCAUCGCCGUCCACCCCUCCGUCAAGACCCUCCAAGUCGGAGACCGCGUAGCCAUCGAGCCCCAGGUCAUCUGUAACGAGUGCGAGCCCUGCCUCACCGGCAGAUACAAUGGGUGCGAGAAGGUCGACUUCCUGUCUACACCCCCAGUGGCAGGCUUGUUAAGACGGUAUGUCAACCACAAGGCUGUCUGGUGCCACAAGAUUGGGGAUAUGAGCUAUGAGGACGGGGCGAUGCUCGAGCCGCUGAGCGUAGCUUUGGCUGGCAUGCAGAGGGCGGGUGUGAGGCUGGGAGAUCCGGUGUUGAUUUGCGGGGCGGGGCCGAUUGGGUUGAUUACGCUGCUUUGUUGCCAGGCGGCAGGGGCGUGUCCGUUGGUCAUCACGGAUAUUGAUGAGGGGAGGUUGAAGUUUGCAAAAGAGAUCGCGCCGGGGGUGGUGACGGUGAAGGUUGAGCCUGGGUUGAGCGUGGAACAGCAGGCGGAGAGGAUUGUCAAGGAGGGGUUCAAUGGUAUCGAGCCGGCGAUUGCAUUGGAGUGUACCGGCGUUGAGAGCUCGAUUGGGGCGGCCAUCUGGGCCAUGAAGUUUGGAGGCAAGGUGUUUGUAAUUGGGGUGGGGAGGAACGAGAUUCAGAUUCCGUUUAUGAGGGCGAGCGUGAGGGAGGUUGAUUUGCAGUUUCAGUAUCGGUAUAGCAACACCUGGCCGAGGGCGAUUAGGUUGGUGCAGAGCAAGGUGCUGGAUAUGUCGAGGUUGGUUACGCAUAGGUUUCCUCUGGAGGAGGCGCUGAAGGCGUUUAAUACGGCGAGUGAUCCGAAGACGGGGGCGAUCAAGGUGCAGAUUCAGAGCUUGGAUUAGGUUGGAAGUGAAGAACGUAUGUCGGAUAGUAUAAGAAUUUUAUAAGAACUCACGAAGAAUUAGGAAAC